AUGCAGGAAAAAGUAUUACUGGAUGUGGUGCCUGGUUCACCUCUUGUUGAUUCGUUGAUGCAAGAUGGCAUUUCGGAGUCACAGAAAACAUUUGCUGAUGCUCAUCGACAAGAGGUAUUUGCUAUUAUCGACAUUAUACCUUCGUUUGCAAGCAGUCAGCGUGAUACAGAAAACCAUUUUGAAAGGUUUCGAUACUUGCUUGAUCUAUACCAAGAACAGCCCAGCUUGCUUGAUCCUUUUAUGGAAAUCAUGCUUAAUAAAUUAUUGGCAUAUAUAAAAUUGCUUGACAGCGGAGAGACGAAAUUCGAUGAUGUAUCAAAUGUGGCAUUUGCACUGCUUGCACAUAUAUCAAAAGUUAGAGGAUACAAGGUGUUCCUUUCUCUCCUACCUCACGAAAUGAAAUAUAUGGAGAAAGUACUUUCUUCAUUAGAACGAUAUGCUGGUUCUACGAUGGAUAUGGAUUCCCGCUAUAUACUACUUCUUUGGAUGGUGAUCUUAUGCAAGAAUCCAUUUAAUUUGAACAAAUUUGAAACCAAGAAUGGUUGUAAUAUAUUGGAUAGAAUAGUCUCCAUUACACUACCAUAUCUGUAUCUAAAUACUGAUAGGUGUCAGCGUUCCGCUGCUUUGUUGCUUUCAUUGGUAGUUUCUCGUGGAGAUGCGCGCAAGAAAUAUUUGAAGAAUUUGGUAGGUCGAUGUGUUUUGGCGAUUGAAAAUUGUGAAGGUAAAUGGUCUAUUAACAGUGAACUCGUUGGUAGUCUUCGUUUGCUUGCAGCAAUUCUUAAAAAGGGAGAACGCGAAGACUUAUUAACUGUCGCAGAUCAAGUGCUAAAAGCCUUGCAUCGACUUGGUAGCUUGGAAGACUCAGAUUUCACUAUAAGAAAGUUAACAGUUAAAAUUGUUCAAAGAUUGGGAAUGGUAUUUUUAAAACCAAAGAUUGCGAAGUGGCGUUAUGAUAAUGGGAACCGAAAUCUGGAUUUCAAAAGUAGCGGUUUUGCAAAAUGCCGAGAAUUCAAUGCUUUAGAAGUAGAAUGUUUUGCAGAUGAGGUUUAUGAAGUUCCAUACGCUGAGCUGGAAGUGGUUCUCAAUACAAUUCUAGAAGCAUUGCGUAAUCGCGAUACCGAUAUACGUUGGGCAGGUGCAAAAGGUGUUGGACGAAUUGUAUCUCGUUUGCCGAGACAUCUUGCAAAUGAUGUACUCUGCAAUAUCAUUAAAUUUAAUUUCAAUUUGCAUUCCGGCAAUGCUGCCUGGCAUGGCGGUUGUUUGGCAGUUGCUGAACUUGCAAAGCGCGGCUUUUUGCCCCUCGAGAGACUUCCGGAUAUUGUGAAAAUUCUUUUGAAUGCCUUAGUGUUUGAAGAACCACAAGGACAUCAUGCCUUAGGAGCGAGUGUUCGAGAUGCAGCGUGUUAUAUAUGUUGGUCAUUGGCUCGAGCUUUUCGUCCAGUGGAUUUAAAAAAAUAUAUUGAACAGAUUGCAACAUGCCUUGUUUGUGUAGCUUUAUUUGACAGAGAAGUUAACGUGAGACGAGCUGCUAGUGCAGCAUUUCAAGAAAUUGUUGGUCGGCAAGGUACUUUUCCAAAUGGUAUCGAUAUACUGACGAAAAUCGAUUAUUUUGCUGUUGGACAACGUUGUAAAUCUUAUUUAGAUAUCUCAUAUGAAAUAGCGAAGUAUUCAAUGUACACGCCAGCGAUUAUCAAUCACCUCGUAUCUUUCAAGAUAAUUCAUUGGGAUGAGGAAAUCCGCUUAUUAUCCGCAGAUGCACUUCAUCGCCUUUGUACUUUAGACCCAAGUUUUGUUUCAACUCAGGUCCUUAAGAAGUUAAUGCCAUUGGUCAGUAGUGAAUCACUGGUUAUGCGACAAGGAGGUGUUGUUGCACUGGCAUCCGCUUUAUCAGGUUUGAAAAGAUGUGGAACGUUGCUGGACAAGGACUUGUACGAAAAUGUCGCACAAAUACCCAGUAUGGUCUAUCCUGUGUGUAAGAAAAAAACCCGUUCACUGGGUUCUACAUUAAUGCGACGAGCUAUGAAUGUCUUCAUCAAGUCGUUAUCAUCUGUUAUACCUAAAGAGAUCAUAAAAACUGAAGAUUGGCUUUACUGUUUGGAAUUGAACUUUUGCGACGAAAAUGGAGAUAUCAGAAAAGGAGCAUGUCAGGCAGGAGAAGUCUUUUUCAAACUUUACAUUGAUAGCUCGGGUGCUGAGUUUUUGAUGCUUCGAAUUCGUCAAGUUUAUUUGCCACAGGUCAUCGCUGCUAAAGUGGAAUCAGUUAGAGAAGGGACAGCAGCUCUUCUGAGUGUCAUUCCAAUUGAAGUAUUAUUGCUCCCAACGUCAUCCGAGCCUUUCGCUGCUGAAAUAAUUCGUACACUUACGCUUAUAAUCAAUGGAUCUAGUGCAAUGGAUGCAACUUGGGCUUAUGGACGACGCUCCUGUGUGGAAGCUAUUACGCGCAUUGUUCAUUCAGUUGGGAUUGAAUCGCUGGGCGAUAUUGCUGAACUCCUUGAUUGUCUUAUUAAUUCUUUGGACGAUUAUACAAUGGACAAAAGGGGUGAUGUUGGAAGAGUUCUGCGCGAGGAAGCGAUGAGAGCACUUGCAGUUAUUUUACCUUUAGCGCAAAAUUGCUCGAAAGUUGUUGAUCGUAUUUCCGAAGCAAUUUGUAAAAUAGUUCAACAAUCUGCCGAGAAAAUUGAUGCAACUCGUGAGUGUGCUGCUUUGGUAAUGAAGAGGAUCUUGCAAUCAGGGUUAAAAGAUAUUCAAGAAGAAGAACUUCUAAGAAAAAUUUAUUUGGUUAAUAGUUCGAAUAUGGACUGGAGAUUGUCAUCUUGCUUCAAACGAUUAUCUUUGUUGUUGAACAGUUCUUACUACAGAUAUUCUGCUUUAAGCGGAUUUAUUAUAUCUGCUGGAGGUGUUACGGAAUCUACAAUGCGAGGUGCAUCUGAUGCUUUGCUUUCGGUGAUUUCUGAUAUCCGCGGAUCACGACAAGGAUUGGAAAAUUUUCUCCGAUGUUUUGCAUCUAUUUUAAUCAAUAAUGCUGGCAUAUUGCGUGUGACUCAACCUCUACUUCGUACACUGGAACAGAUUUUGUCAGCACAGCUUCUGCAAUGUUUUGAAGCAGAUCCGGAUUCUUCACCUUCUCUUCGGAAAAUUGUAGAUCGCGUUGCGAUUGUUGUCCGAACUUUACGAUCUCGCUAUCCCAUAAUGCGUCGUAAUACAGCGGAGCAACUUUAUGAAUGCUUGGCCUCCGAAUGUGAUAGCACCAAUGAAGCAGAAAGAAAUAAACGCCUGGAAUUGUUAAAUUUACUUUCAGAAACAAAGUGGAAUAUUACUGGUGAUGAGCAGUACUUCGUAAAAGUGCAACCGAAACGAUCUCGUAUCGACAUUGCUGUUAUAUCUACGGCAACUACCACACCAGAAGAUAUCCUCGCCGCAUUGGAAAGGGAUGAAUCACAAGGAGUAAUCGUUGAUGAAGCAGCUGUUAAACGAAUUGUUAUGCAGCUGGAGAAACGGUGUUUGAGAAAUCGAGAGAUGCGUAUCAAAUACGGCGAUGAACCAGCAAAGUUCAUGGAAAGCGAAGUUGAAUUAAAUGAAGCAGUACAGGAGAUGCACGCAUUAGCAACGCAACCUGACUUAUAUGAAUUGCUUGUUGAUCAUGGCGCAACGGCUACUCUUUUGCAGUUAUUAGCUCACGAAAACUCUGACAUUGUUGCCGCUGUCAUCAAUCUUUUGCAGGAAUUAACAGAUGUUGAUACGUUGAAUGAAGGUGAAGGUGGUGCUGCGAAAUUAAUUGAUGUGUUGGUUGCCGAUCAGUUAAUUGAAACAUUAGUACAGCAAAGCAUUGAACGUUUGGAUGAAACUAUAAAAGACGAAGCCGAUGCAAUACAUAAUGCAUUAUCGGUCGUAGAAAAUGUACUCGAUUUCCGACCAUCAUUUGCUGACAUUUGUGUCGAGCAGGGUUUGUUUGCUUGGCUUCUUCGCCGUGGAACUCAACGAGGAGCUUUGGAUGCGAAUAAGAUGUUUGCUAGUGAAUUGCUGUCUUUGCUUCUUCAGUCAACCGAAUUAGCUAGAAGACGAUUAACUGAAAAAGUUGAUGGCUUCGAUUUGCUGCUUCGUGCUUUGGCCACUUAUAAGCGUCAUGAUCCAGGGAGCGCAGAUGAACGGGAACAUAUGGAGAACUUGUUCAAUGCUGUAUGCGCCGCACUUAUGUAUGCACCAAAUAGACAGAAAUUUCUGGACGGUGAAGGCCUUCAGCUAAUGAAUCUCAUGCUGAGAGAACGUAAGCAAUCACGUGAAAGCGCACUAAAGGUUUUGGAUUACGCUACAAAUGGUGCAGAAGGAAAAUCGAAUUGUGCGAAGUUCAUCGAUAUUCUCGGUUUGCGAACAAUUUUCCCGCUGUUUAUGAGAACUCCAUCAAAGCAGAAAAGGAAAGAUUCAACACCAGAUGAACAUGAAGAGCAUGUUUGUUCGGUUUUGGCAUCUUUAUUGAGGUCUUGUGGUGAAGAGGGGCGUAAUCGAAUUUUUUCGAAAUUUAGCGAACAUGAAUAUGAAAAAGUCGACCGUGCAGUUGAACUCGUUUUAAAAUAUCAGGAACGCGUGGACCGAUUUGAUACUCGUCAGGCUAAUCUGAUGCAGAACAGCAAAUUAUCUGAUGAUGAAAUUGAACAGUUGUACCUGGAUAAGUUGGAUGCUGGUUUGUACACAUUACAACGAAUCAUUUUAAUUCUUGCAGAUAUAUGCUCAAAUGCAAUGCCUGGCUGUCGUAAUCGAGCGGUAAAGCUGUUGCAAAUGCGCACUGGGAAUGGAAAGCUUAGCAAACAUCUUGUGCCGGUCCUUGAAGAAUACGAAAUUAAUUUAGGUGCAGAGGCAGAUGAAGAAAGAAGGCGUACACGUCAGCUUAUUGCACGACUAAAUGGAAUUGAUAAAAACUAG